AUGGUGACGUCAGUCGGCAUCAAGGGCAAGAAGCCCAAGGAUGGCCUCUUCGCCCUGAAGCAGUUAGUCAUGGAAUCCGCACCCCCGGAGUUCCUUCCGUUCCAAGAGGAUGUGUUGGGAUACCUUAGCAGCAUUGGUGAUGACAAUGAGUCUUACGAUGCUUGGAUUUCGAAGCUGGCACCACGGAUUUUCAAGGACGAUGAGCCGACGCCGUACAUCCCCCCAACGCACAGGGCGAGUGGAAAACGUGGUGUCCAUGCUAAAUCCCAUAAUGUCGACCUGAAUGCGGCAGAUGGAGGCGCCGUGGCUUCAUACAUGGCUGACGGGCGCUCGGCGGCGCCGGGGGGUGCACGACCGCCUAACGGCUCUUCCUGGGACAUUGAAAACGCCCUGGACGCGGCCAUACACUCAUUCGUGGCUGCUGGGGCAGUGAAAGCGUUGGGUAGUUCUGCGACUCCGCAUGGGUUACCUGUGUCGCCUAUGCUGCCGUUUAACAUGCCGGGGAUUAAGCCCCUGCAACCCAAAGUGCUGGGUACCAUGACUAACAACCCGCAAAAGGCCAUGUUCGAACAGCUGCUUGACUCGCUUAACAACAACGACGAAGAUGAAAAGGACCCCUCAAGUGGUUCUCAAAAAGCGGUCCUUACGGCUGGUGUAGAUGGAAGUAAGGAUGCACUUCCCGGAGGCUUGGGCGUUGUUCCUCUUCAUGCGGCAACAGAUGGUAUGGGUAAUGCUGCUUUGUCGGCAUUAGAUGUGUUAAAUACGCCUGUGCUACGAAACAUUAACUCUGCGGCGGGAGCUGUUCCAAUGGACGACAUCGCAGCCUUCGACCCAUCCCAGCUAACUGACGGUGUUUCUUCAGCCAGAAGGGGAAGAGGACGGCCGCGUCGUACGACAAGGGGUAGGGAACUAGGUCAGCUUGAUACACCCUUUUCACCGAAGGACGAUGUCAAUGAUGGCGGGUAUCCCGUGGUAGCAGACCACCUGGUUGAGGCUGAAACGGAAUUUUUGGGAGGCGAUGCAGCCAGCAAGCGUGGGUUGCGCCGCCUGACCCCACGGAAGAUAGUGGACAAAAAGUUGAUUUGGCCGCUGAACUGCUGGGUUUGCAGGGAACCCAUGGACCGUGUACAUCCCUAUGUGGUUUGUAAUUCUAUUUGUAAGCGUGCAUAUCACGCUUCCUGCGAGGCUAUUGCUUCCCUCAAGCUCCGUUUGCCGAUUAGGCCAAUGGAUGUGGAGACGCCUGCCAUUCCCCGAGCUACAAGUGGAGCGGCGAAUCGUGAAAGUUCCAAAAACGCCGUCCGUGAGCGAAGCAGGAGCGGUAACCGCAAGGGUAACAUGGGUUGGCCCAACGGCCAAAGCCCGGAGCGUCUGCUUGAAUCCACAGGGCCGAAUUACAGAGCUGCCAUUGGGUACUCGGGUUUGCGUGAAGCCGACCCUUUUGCGGAUGGUAGUCCAUUUGCCGGCAUUCGAUCCAGGUCACGCGCAUCCGGUAGUCUUAGGGGUGUCAGCGGGGUUGGUGGCGCCACGAGUUUGGCUGUAUCCAUGAGUGGACCCGCGAGGGGUCUGAUAGGCCGAGAUGCGCGUUCACAGGAAAUGGUCACCGCCCGUGAUACCAACCAGCAACUUGCAGCCAGGGAUGACGGUAAAGAUGGGCCAGUGGUGCCACAAGAAUGGCGUAAGCUGGUCCGUUCUCCGACCGGCUGCGCCAGAGUCACCCCCAACUGCAUAGCCCGGGAGUGCAGCUUUUGUAUAAAUUUGUACGCGGGAUGUUCAGCGUGUUUCAAGUUCGUGCCGAUAAAGGACCUGUGCCGCUGUGCCAUGGAUGGCUGCUCGACGUUUUACUGUUACCCCACCUGUGUGCGUAGAGUGCGUUUGGUUGUGCCUGAUGUACAGAUCAUGGGGAUACAUCAGCUCAUUUACGGGAAUGUCGAUCGGUUGUUGGACGAAAACAGGCGACCCAUCUUCAUUUGUCACGGUCACACGUGCUGGAGUUGUUACGACUGCGACCGUUAUUCGUAUUUGUGGGAGACCCUGUGGCGCAUUGAAGCAAGCCGUUCGGAGACUGACUUCAUGAACACGGCGUGGCAGGACUUGCGGAGGACGUGCCGUGGCAAAGUUGAAACAGCGCAUUUCGCGAAGGGGAAGAGGCUGUCACGGCCACUAGUGUACCCCGAUUUGCGUUUGUAUAGGACAUACAUGCAGUCUAGAAGGUUCUCCCUACACGGGGUGGCUAACGCAGCGGCAUUGAAAACGCUUUACCCGCCGUCUGACGACGAAGACCGCGCCACGUUUCACCAGGUUACUAGCAACGUGCUGAUGCGCUGUGUACGCUGUGAGCGAACGUGGUGCACGCACUGCUUACACCCUGAUGUACGCAUUCUGCAGAAUUCGGGGAAGCAGAUGGUUUGCCAAGACUGCAUCCACGUCGAAAUGGUGCAAGCGCUGUCUAAAGAUCGCGUUGAACGUAGUUCGCAACACGAGCUUAUUGAUCCAAAGGUGAUGGUCCCCAGUCGGCACCCUGUGGAUGUUUAUAAUGCGGUCUCAUCCUACAUUUCCGCCCAGGGGCUUUACCAGAGUAAGCUUGCUGUGAAGCCCCAUUUCCUGGAUAUCGCAUCGUUCUAUAAAGGACCCGAAACCGUCGAUGUGGCUGGGAUGGGUCCGAGAAAGUUUCGCUCUGAUGCCGGAAAAAGUAGACCCCGUGGUACUUCGGCUACAAAGGCUGGUAACGCGGAUGAUGGAGAUGCUGUCAACGAUUUGAAACGGGAGCCGUCGGAUCUGGGAACACAAGCAAGGGUGGAUGGUGAAGAACUGAGCAGAAGUAAGAGGGGUGGUACUAACGGCCAAAAGGGAGAACAAUCUGGCGUUAACGCCGUAGCGAGUGUUCCUGGUGUGAACAAUGGCUCAGGGACUGAUGAGAAUGUAGAUAUCAAUGCGGUCAACAAUCUGGAGAAUUUGGAAAGAAAUGAAGGCUUGAAUUCGGGGAGCCAUGGUAACGUAGGAACCACGCGUGAUGCUUUGGGCAGUGUGGAUGAUGGUGCUGUAAAUCAGCCCACUAUUGGUGAAGAAGUAAAUGGAAGUGAUCUGAUAAGAAAUGUUGAUAAAAUCGUUGCAGUUGAUAUGGAUGCCACUGUUGAACCCGUCUCUACCGACCUACAGUCCUCGAGUGCCAUUGAGCAGUCGCCUGGUGAAGCAGUAGACCUGCUUACUCAAGCAACGCAGGAUACUGUAGAUAUGUCGCCUAGCAAUGCUUCUCAGACAGGCUCUGGCGAAAUUAUUGUCAUAGACGAUCAGGAAGGAGAAGUCAGUGAAGUUGGCGCCAGCGCGGAUAUAUCUGCUGAGGCACCUGCACAGAUUGAAAAGCGCCGGCGCGGUCGUCCACGUGCCAAUGCGGAGAAAUCUCCGAGAGCAGGUCGGCAACCCAAACUGGCACAGGAGGGUGGCGAUACACCGGUACAGGAGGGCGAAGAGAUUCAACGUAGGAAAUAUGUUCGGCGCGCCAAGACAGACAAAGGUCUUCGGCCUGGCAAGGCCACUAAGACGCCUAAAGCUGGCCUAGUUGAAGUGUCAAGCGACGAUGAAGAAGAUGGUAAGCCAAAGAAAUCCACGCGGUCUACGGCGCUGCGCCAUCCGCUGAUUGCCUCGUCUCGACGUGAGCUGAGGGCCCAGGUCCGCACGUGCCUGAACCGUAUGCACUCCAAGGAGUUCAGCAUCAUAGUGCGCGAAAUCGAUCCGGUGGUUGUCCUGCGUCUGUGUAGCGAGUUCCGCUACAUGACCAGCAACCUCAUUACGGAUGAUUCGCUGCGCUCGAUAUCAGGGGUGCAGGCAACCGCAAGGUGUACAUGCACAUACGGAUGCUCGACGGGCUGCUCAAACAUUGCUCGCCACAUCGAGUGCAACAACGUGAACUGCAAUUUGGGUGACAUCAACUGUGGCAACCGCCGCUUCAAAAACAUGGGCAUCCCGAAGUUGCGUCUGCGCAUGGUUGAGGGCAAGGGUAUGGGCGCCUUCGCGACGGAAGACAUCGAUGAGGACGAACUGGUGUGCGAAUACGUGGGCAGGGUGAUAACGCAGGCGCAGUUUCAGCGCUGCGUGAGCAGUUGGAGUUUUGCUGAGCUGGAUAACGCAAACCAGAGCCACUGGUACAUUAUGAAGGUGCACAAGGAUGUUUACAUCGACUCGACGAACAUGGGGAAUGUUGCUCGCUUCAUCAACCACUCGUGUGAGCCUAACUGCUCGAGUGUGCCUUACUAUGUCAACGGCACGUUCCGCAUGGGUGUGUUCGCUCAGCGGCGCAUUGCGAAGGGUGAAGAGGUGACAUACAACUACGGCUUUUCCUCUCGUGGUGUUGGCGGUGGAUUCAAGUGCCUCUGUGGCGCUAAGAACUGCCGCAGGAUAGUCGGAGUUCAGCCGGACACCACAGCUGAAACUCUGCAAGCAAUCGAAAUUGCGAAAGCCAGUGGACUCGAGUACGAUACGCUGAGCCAGCUCAUGUUUGACAUUGCGUCAAUGCACGGGUGCAAGAGCGAGAUCAGCAGCAUGAAGAACAGCCCCUCUCCCAUUGACAUCCUCAAUGGCAUCCGGACCACUGGUGACCUUUACCGUUACGAGAGGUCACAAACAAGGCUUAGGCUGAGAGGCGAAUGUGAUUUGGGGUCAGGGUUAAUCAUGCCUAUUAGCCCUGUUACUGUGGUGGUCGAGGACAGCAUGCAGUUGAACCAUUCGCAGCUGAAUUAUGCUAAACUUUUGGUACUUGGAGGCCGCACGAUGAAGGAGUGGGACUUGGCCAACACCAAGGAAUUCGCGGCUGGUAUUCCUUGGGGUAUCAUUGCGCUGGAGAACAACAAGGUGACAUUGACGAAGAGCUUGGAGUCCGGUUGCGCUUUCCCCGACUUUUAUUCCAGGGCGAAGCGCCACAUACAAACGGCGUGCAUGGCGUUAUCGCGCCAGUGUGCGGGCACCCAGGGUUGCGAGAACCUGCAGAGCCUUAUCGAUCUGACCUGGGGUGCCACUGAAUCGUGCUAUGUGUGCGGUGGCUAUGGUGACUGCAAGAAUUGCGACCACUGUGGUGACGUGUUACACGACGACCACGCGUGCGGUGACUUCUACGUGAACCGUGCUGGAAUGAACCUAUGCAACGUCUGCCAGAACAGCGACCACCGGUUGGCAUGGUUGCUCUCUAGUGACAUUACCAGGGAGUGCAUGGCCAUGGACCUGUGGCGCCUACGUCUAGAACUGGCCUAUCGUCAGUCGCGCACGGCAUUCCGGUCACUGGUGGCGCAGUACAAGGUUGCGUCGAGCUUGGGAGAGGCAGCUGAUGGUGAGGAGCCCCGUGACUCGCAGCCACAUGUUUACCUCCGUCCGGAGUCGUUGCUAUGCACGCAGCGCGAGUUGGAACGCUUCAACAAGAACCCCAUGUCAUACUACGAUAUGCAGGUGAAGUACCACAAUCAGUGUCAGAACGCGCUGGCUAACUACGAAUGCUUCUGGUAA